CUCAACCGAGUCGUAGACGUUUCUCGAUCCUACACGAUAAUAUCAAGACACGUCUCCUCGCCAUCCACCCAGUAGAUCGAAACGCGAAAUUACCGUUGAUUAACGCAAGUCAGUUACGAACACGCGAUUCCGCGAAGAAGAAGAAAAAAGUGAUUCCAAUUCACAGUGAUAAACAAUCGCAGCUCGAUAACACUCCGAAGGAUAAUGGAUAAUCGCAUCAAGCUGAUCAACAAUCGACCUCUGAUGCUGGCGAUCGUUUUCGCGUGUGUGCUGGCUAUAUUUAUCCAGGCGGCCGAAGGCAGGCCUCACAUCAGGCACCAUCGGGACGGCUCGCACUGCAGCAGAUGCGGUCCAGGUUGGGGCGUGAUUAGCCGGUGCGCUCGCGGCCGCGACACCCAGUGCGGAAGAUGUCCCGCCGGCACUUACAGCCCGCAUCACAGCACGCAGCCCUGCUGGAACUGCGCCAGGUGCGGCCCGAGUCUUUACGAGGCUCAUCCCUGCACAUCGCGCUCAGACACCGUCUGCGACUCUUGCCAUCGGCCCGCCCCGGACAAUCCGGAUUAUCAGCGGAAAUGCGAGGGCCGCGCGAGAUUCUUCCUAGCGCCGGAGGACGCGCGUAGCACCGCCGAGGAGAGCGUGCUGGUGAACGAGCCGGCGUUCCAGCUGAACGACCGAGAGCGGAUACUGGAGGAGGACGUGGAAGCCAUCAUGAGAGAGCAAGCGGCCGGCCAGCGGGAGGACUCGCAGAGGCUCUAAUUUCCGCCCGGAUGUCGGUUUCGGCCGAUGAAACUGGUGCUGUAUCCUUCACGUAUGUUGACACGGUCGUACGUGAGUUCACUCGCAGAUCGCAGCAAUCGGGCUCCUUGCGAGUCGUAUGAAAGAGUUUUAGAUCCGUAGCGAGAUGUAGGCGAGUUCGACAUCGAUGUCGAUUCUGCGAUACUAGUCAAUUAGCGUGUAAGAAGUAACGCUUGGCCAAGGAAUAACGUAGCGGGAGACCGGGGCGAGUUUCCACUCGGGGCUAAAGUAUAACUGUGCCAGCUAAAAUGUGUCUUUGAAACGGAGACAGCUAAUUAGUCGUUGAUUUAAUAAUUUGUAUGAAUUCAAGCGAAACAUAUCAACUAGUUCGUAUUAAAAUCAUAUUUACAUUCCCGACUAAAAUGUAUUGCUUUUUUUUUUAACAGAAGCUGUCCUGACAGCGUAUGCUGAUUUUAUCUGGAAUUUAGCCAUUUGUUUAAUUUAAUGCUAUGAAAAACGCGCUUAAACACCGGUAGAUCCGACCUCGAAAAAUGUAGCAACUAAGGAGAAGAAAAGUCUGACGUGAGAACGGCCGAGUAAAUAGCCGAGCGUCUCGAAAUGUCCUGUUAACAAUAUAUCCUCUGUCUGUAUGAAUUUCCAGGUGUCGUGUUAUCGGUCAAACGGUCUCCCCUACGGCAUCGAUGUAAUGUUCAAUCGGAAAUUUAUUCAUCUUUCGCAUUCAGUCCAUUACAAGAGAGAACUCCGGUCGUUCGCGUCGUGCGAUCGUGCAGGCGCGAACGAGUCUCCCUCAGGAUCGUUACAUUAGCGUAGAAACAGAUCCUUCUACUCGUGUACGAGUGAACGAUUACACAUUUCGCGCAUUUAGGUCUGUAUUAUAACGUUGCAAUGUGGAUGUAGCGUUCAACGAUCGUUAUCCGUGGCUGCGUGAUCUGUCGCUCGAAAAUGCUCGCAUUGCCAGACGAUUACAGGCGUUACACAGGCUAUUAACGUUAUUUGUACAUAGUUCCGUUCUCGAAUACGGUGCAUUGCACAGGGACUCGCGUUUUGAAGCAUACUUUAUACAUACCCAAAGAUCUCUCUUCGGAUUAUCGCGCUUAUCAUAAGGGUAGAUACGAGAGAGACUCGCUCGUGACGGUGCUCAGACCUGUUAUAACAAUGGAUGGUCGGAUAUCGGAAUGCAACCGAUGCUCCAGUAGGAGAAUUUAUCUUUCGAAAACGAAUUGUCUCGUUAGACUAUCGGCUGACUUUCAAAAUCCGACAAUGUCACAAGACUAUUGUGUAACAAGCCUUAUCACGUGUUAGAGCUCGGACACAAUGAAAGGAACGAGGAAUAAAAUAUUAGGAAUAAGCUAUAGUUUAAAAUAUAAUAAAAGGAAUGGAUAGUAGAGGGUAAGAUAUAAGAACUUUUUCAAACGAGAUCAUCACUUUCGGUGCAUGUUUUCUAACGAAUCAACCGUCACCAUUAACAUUUAUUAUUUUCUGGAUAAUUAUCGUUUGAUUCAAACUGACUUUCUCAUUAGUAUAUUUGAUUAGACAUUUUGAAGGUUAAUCUUCAACUUAACUAUCAAGCCUUAUAAGCAUACAAGUUACAAGGAAUCGAAUUUGUAAUAGAUAAUGUUCUCAGUCUUGGUUCCCUAUUCCUUUAUUGUAGAUUGAAGGUUCACAUGCCGAAAUUUAAUUCCUCCCCACACAACACGUACACCUAAAAGACGUCUCAGAGAUGUCCUUUAGACGUCUUAUUGUCUCAAAGACGUCUUAACACGUUGACUGCCACGGAACUUUUCACGAUUCUGGUCUAAGAAGCCAAUUUGAUUAAAUCAAGUAAUGAA